AUGUCCAAGGGGUAUUGUCAUGCCAUAGCUAAGGAGAUCACAUAUGACACACUAGAAGGGAAAGAUUCAUCGCAGCCUAGUGUAGGAGAUAAACAGAGAGAAGGUCGGAAUGAUGUACGCGAUAAGCCGACCUUCGAGAAGCAAGCAGAGCAGCAUGACAACACACCAGAUAAGCAACCACGUGCUAUGAAAGACAUCAAUAUUAUCUCAGGGGGGAGUAACCCUAGCUAG